AAGAGUCAACCAGUAACAGAUUCUGGAGGGGCUGUGGGGAAAAAGGAGCCCUGCUCCACUGCCGGUGGGAGCGCAGACCGGGGCAACCUCUGAGGAAAUCAGGGUGGAGAUUCCUCAGAAAAAUAAAACUAGAGGUUUAAUCUGACCAGCUGUGCCUCUUCGUGGUAUCUUCCCAAAGAAGUAAAAGCGUCACACCACAGUGAUAUACGCGCACCCAUGUUUAUAGCGGCACAGUGUGUAACAGCUACGUCUUGGAAACAGCGCAAAGGCCCAUCAGGUGACGCGUGCAUCAAGAAGACGUGGUUCUUUCAUACAACGGAGCACCACUGUGCCUUGAAGGAGGGCGAGCUUCAGACAUUUAUAGCUAAAUGGAUGGACCUCGAGAAGCAAACCGGACACGCGUGUAGCCGACUGAUGGACUGCAUGUGUUUUCCGGGUGAGCUGGGGCUGCCAUGUCUGGGCCCUGCACCCUGCACUGAACACCACACACAGAUGAAGCCCAUGGCCGACUGCACCAGGACCCCAACCUCAACCCCACCCAGCAGCCCCGCAGUGGAAACCCCCACGGGGUGUGGGAAAGUCCGCAAGUCUACAGGGCCUGCGGCGGCCCCUGGUGAGAGGCUGGGCGAUGCCUGCACACAACGGUCAGGCCCAGGCAGUGGCUCAGGCUCCUCAGGGUGGCCCCAUCCAGACCAGGGAGAGGACCAGGGUGCCCGUGCAUGGCAUCAGCCGCCCUACUUGUGGCCUCCUAAGUACCUGGACCGGGGUCCUCGCCCAGUGUGUGCCUGCACCAGCACCCUAGGUGCCCAGGAGCAGCUCAGAGCCCAGGGGCUGGCUUUCCCCUCCCCCAGGAGCAGUGCCGGUCGGAGCUCCUUGUGCAGGACGUUCUUUGCCAGGCCCCCGGUGGUUCCACUCAGCCUCCGGAGCUCCAGCCCUGAUUGGCUCCUGGGCCAGCGGCCUUUGCUCUUUCCUGGGCCGGCCAGUAUAACAGCAGGGGACGCGGCCCUGCGCCACCUGCUGAAGCUGCACCGCACUGAGAUCGCGGUGGCGGUGGACAGCGCAUUCCCGCUGCUGCACUCGCUGGCUGACCACGACGUCAUCCCUGAGGACAAGUUCCAGGAGACGAUGCGGCUGAAGGAGAAGGAGGGCUGUCCCCAGGCCUUCCACACCCUGCUGUCCUGGCUGCUGACCCAGGACUCUGCGGCCAUCGUGGACUUCUGGAGGGUCCUCUUCAAGGACUACAACCUGGAGCACUACAGCGGGCUGCGGCCCAUCCUGGAUGGCUUCCCCAAAGAAGUGGACCUCAGCCAGUCCCGGAAGGGGAAGAAGCCCCUCAGUGGCCCCAAGGCUUCUGCACUGCCUCCCAGACACCCCACCAAGAGGAAGGCCCUGGAGGAGCCCCGGGCUGCCCCGCCCACAGCCCUGACACCGAGGGGCACCCAGAGCCCAGGUGCCCAGCAGAAGGUCAAGCCCCCCAAGAAGCCAGAGGGCAACUUGGAGCCACAGCGCCUCCCCCUGGGGAACGGGAUGCAGACCAUGUCAGCUUCUGUCCAGAGGGCGGUGGCUGUGUCCUCAGGGGAUGUGCCUGGAGCCCGUGGAGCUGUGGAGGGCAUCCUCAUCCAGAAGGUGUUUGAGUCAGGGGGCUCCAAGAAGUGCAUCCAGGUGGGGGGCGAGUUUUAUUCCCCCAGCAAGUUUGAAGACCCUGGCGGCAAGAACAAGACCCGCAGCAGUGGCGGGGGCCUGAAGGCCCUGGUCCGGGCCAAGGGAGCCCAGGGCUCUGUCCCUGGUGGAGGAGAGCCCCGGGUCGGCCAGCAGGCUAAGGCCCCCAUCAAUCCGGCGCUGACCAGUGAGCCCCAGCUGCACCAGAAGAACGAGGAUGAGUGUACGGUGUGCCGGGACGGUGGGGAGCUGAUCUGCUGCGACGGCUGUCCCCGGGCCUUCCACCUGGCGUGCCUGUCCCCACCCCUGCGGGAGGUCCCCAGUGGCACCUGGAGGUGUUCGCGCUGCCUGCAGGGGAGAGGCCAGCAAGGCCUGGCCAGGGCCCAGGACCUGCGACCCCCAGAACCUCCCACAGAGCCCCUGGUCCCCCAGGGGCCUCGGGCCUCCAGCGAGGAUGUGCGGGCACUGCCCAGGGAGCCUCCGUCAGAUCCUGCUCUCUCCUUCUUGCACCUGCUGGCCCCGCCUCCCGCAGGCCCCCUGCCCGUGCUGGACCCCAUGGCCCUGCGCCCCCUGCUGAGCUCCAUCCCUGAGGGGCAGCAGGUGAGGGCAGGGCGCUGUCUCAGGAGCUCAGGCCCCCAGCAUCGGGAAGGCCACCAGCUCUACCUGGGAGGGUCCUGCUUCCAGGUGGCCAGCGGGCGGCGGGCUGGGUCGACCCUUGCCAUCCCUGGGUUCCAGGUGGAAGACAGCCAUGCCGGCCAGGAGCCUGCCCCGCACCGGGAUGACCUGGAAUCCCUCCUGAGCGAGCACUCCUUUGACGGCAUCCUGCAGUGGGCCAUCCAGAGCAUGGCCCGCCCGCUGGCUGAGGUACCCUCCUUCUCCUGAGCCACGGAGGAGCCUGCCCCAGUGACCCACGGCACCCUCGCCGUGGCUCCAGCCACUCCCUGCAGAUGCUCGUGGGGUGGGGACCGAGGACACCGUGUACCCUGAAA